AUGGAAGAAGAACGAAGAAAUACUACCUACGAGGAUGAGAAGUUCCCCGGUCUUGUAGGGAUUGAUGAAGAUGAGGAUGAACAAAGAACAAGCUCCACUCAGCAUGUAUGGGACUGGUUUGAUAAAACAAUUAGGUUGUUAAAGGGUGAAAGCAGAUUAAAUGUGCCUCCUUAUGCUGCUGUUUUGAUUUCGGUUACUCUAAUCCUCAUCUUUGGAGAGAUAUUGCCGCAAGCAAUUUGUACGCGAUAUGGAUUGAUGGUUGGCGCAACGCUUGCCCCGCUUGUUCGUGUUCUUCUUGUAGUAUUUUAUCCCAUCGCUUAUCCCAUCAGCAAGGUGCUUGAUUGGAUGUUAGGUAAAGGAAAAGCUGCUCUUUUAAAGAGGGCAGAGCUCAAGACCUUUGUGAAUUUCCAUGGGAAUGAGGCUGGGAAGGGAGGAGAUUUAACGCACGAUGAGACAACCAUCAUAGCCGGAGCGCUUGAAUUGACUGAAAAGACCGCAAAAGAUGCCAUGACUCCCAUAUCAAAGGCAUUUUCCCUUGAUUUGGAUGCAACUCUAAAUUUGGAAACCCUGAAUUCAAUAAUGACAAUGGGUCAUAGUCGAGUCCCGGUUUAUGCAGGAGAGCGGACAAACAUUAUGGGACUUGUUCUGGUUAAAAAUCUCUUUAUGGUUGAUUCAAAGGCUUCAGUUCCUCUAAGAAAAAUGAUGAUCAGAAAAAUUCCUCGUGUUUCAGAGAAUAUGCCUCUGUAUGAUAUACUGAAUGAAUUUCAGAAGGGUCACAGUCAUAUUGCGGUUGUAUAUAGGGAUCUAAACGAUAAAAAAGGAACAUACAAAAAAAUUAAAGAUUCAGAACAACUCGAGUUUCAAGACAGCUGUAAGAACAAAGGAAAAAGUGCUCCUUUAGAUAAAGUGAAAUCGAAGCUAGUUAAAUGUGAACAAAUUGCCGAGGCUGCAACGGCCCAAUUACAAGAGGCUAACGAAGCAAUGCGAGCUGCAACCGAGGCUGCAAAAGCUGCUACCGAGACUGCACAAAGGAUGGAGAGGGAGAUGAAUGCUUGGAAGGAAUUUAUGAUGAAGAAAUUUGACAGUUCAACUUUUGUAUCACAUUCUCAUCAUUAUGAUGACGAUUUGGAUGAUCAAUCAUUAGAUGAAGAUUGAUCUUGUACUUUUAGUAGAACGAAU